CUGGUCUUUGAGUCACAGACCCACAACAAACAUGAGCCGAGCCGAGCCGAAGGGCCCGAGGCCCAAAACCCAAAACGAAAAAACAGAGAGAAGGGAAGGCGAAAAGGGAAAAAAAAAAAAAAAAAAAAAAAAAAAAAAAAAACCUCUCGGCGAUUCCGAUUUCCGAUUCAGAACAGAGGCAAGCGAGAGGCGAGGUAGAGAGAGUGAGAGUUUGAGAGACUUACCGGCGGCAAGAAGAAGGAGGAGGAGCUCUUGUCGUGGGUCUGUCUGUGACGGCAAGGUCAGAGCAGAGUGGAGACUUUUGAGAGUGAGCGACUGAGAGAGUGAUAGAUCGGGUGAAGGUGAAGCAAAAUUAGGGCUCUUAUAUGGUCAGAAAUCAUCCAGAUUUCAACUGAAUAUUACAUACUUCUUCUUCUAUUGAAUUCCUUUGUGUUCCGAACCUGUUAGAGAAUUCAAAAAGCUUUUACAAAAAUGAGUGCAGGAAUGAACCGAUCACAAGGGCUCUCAUCUCUGAAGCGUAAACAGCCUGACUCAAAAUCACCUAUUGAAUCUUUGACAGAACAUGAGUGUAUCCUUUAUAAUCUGAUCCGAAGCAAGCAAGACAUGGCUAUUUGGACAAGAGACAUGAAAUGAGCAACAAACAUCCCCGACAAUGUGCUUAACAAAUCCCUCAAAGCACUUCAAGCUAAGAAACUGAUAAAAGAGGUUGUAACCAUCCAAAAUAAAGGCAGAAAACACUAUAUUGCGACAGAGUUUGAACCAUCAAAGGAAAUCACUGGUGGAGCUUGGUAUGUUGAGGGGAGCCUCGAUACAGAGUUUAUAAACUUCUUGAAAAAGCUCUGUGUGAAGAUCAUUUAUGAGCAAAAGAUUGUUACACUGGAGGAAAUUUUGGACACAAUAAGGAGGAGUAGAGCCUUCAAUGUUGAGUUCACAACUCAGCAAAUUGAAGAGAUUGUGAAUGCUUUGGUUUUGGACAAUGAGAUAUUGGAGGUGAAGAGUACUGGAAUGGGGGAGUUUAAUUCUAUUCCUAUUGGGAAAGUUUGUUAUAGAUGCGCAAGCAAAGCAGGCCUUAAAGCGGAACCGAAAAUUGGGGCCAUGGCUUCAAUUCCAUGCGGAGUUUGUCCACAGAUAAGUCUAUGUACACCGGAUGGAAUAAUUUCCCCAGCGACCUGUGUAUACUACACUAAAUGGUUGGAUUUCUAACUUGCUUGUGUAUCACUGCAACGUUUCUGAAUCUAAGAUGAGUUUAUAAAGUUCUUCUCCUUUCCUUUAUCACCUUUUUGUUUGGGGUAUAGGCUGCAUAAUUUAGUGCCUCACGGUUUUGUCUAUGAAUUCAAGGUAAAAACUCUAUUUGAAUUUUCUAUUACUUCUUGCAUCUCU